GGCAUUUAGCUGAUUUCUUGGCUUUGUGAUCAAAUUUUAUGAUUUUUUUUAUCGUAUUUAUAUUUUGAUAAUCAGCCAUAGUUGAACAUGCUAGCUCUCUCAUCCCUAUAUCUCGGAGAUUAGUUGUAAAAAUCACAGAUCAUAUCAUAGCUCCAUCUUGGUCAACUGCUUUUCUUGGAAAUUCUAUGUUUUAUACACCUCUUGCCUUUCCUCCAAGUAUAGAAUAGUCCAAAAAAGCCCACCAAAACUGACCCCUUCGCUCAAAUUUUCAUCAUAAAUUUCACCCUUGGAAUUUGCAAAGCCACCAUCCCAAAAUUGUCCACGAAACCGUGAUACAUUUAGUUUUGAUUGUUUUCAUCUUUACAUAGAGUUCCUGGAGAAGAGCUAUAAGCAAAUGGAUGAAACAACUAGCAAAUCAGAAGGAAAAGAAAGCGAAUAUGAAUUCACUGAAAUCACUCUCAGGCAAAUUGAACUGUCAGAUGUGGAUGAUUUCAUGGAGUGGGCAACAGAUGAAAAAGUCAGCCAUUUUUGCAUCUGGGAUACUUACACUUCCAAAGACCAAGCUUUGGAUUAUAUCAAGAAUAAUGCUAUUCCCCAUCCAUGGUUGAGAGUUAUCUGCAUUAAAAACAGGGCAAUUGGGGCAAUUUCUGUGACACCAAAUUCUGGUAAUAUUGAUAGUUGUAGAGCUGGACUUGGAUAUGUCUUGGCUUACAAGUAUUGGGGUAAAGGGAUUGUCACAAGAGCAGUGAAAAUGGUGGCAACUACCAUAUUUUCAGAGUGGUCAAAUCUGGAGAGGAUUGAGGCAUUGGUGGAUAUUGACAAUAAAGGAUCACAAAGAGUGCUAGAAAAAGUUGGGUUCUUGAGAGAAGGUGUUCUAAGAAAGUUCAUGAGUAUAAAGGGGAAAUCAGGAGACAUGGUAAUAUUUAGCUUGCUAUCUACAGAUGUUGUUCAACACUAGUCCCCUCAAGUUUUUUCAUGUAUUCUCCUUUUCCUUUUGGAGAUCAAAAGGAGGAGCCAAAGGAUUAAGGAUUUUAUUGCAAUCUGAUACUAGUAGUAGUAGGUUUAGCUUCUUUCCGACUUCAAAGACUGUUGGAAAUAUUUUAGCUGUCAUUUAUUGUUUGAUUGCAAUUCGGAUAGUAAUUGUAUUGCAUCAUUGCUUGAAUUAGUAUUGUAUGAACUAUUGAAAGACUUUAUGAACACCAAGUAGAGAUCCAAAUCAUUGUGAGUGUUGUUUAUGU